AUGCUGCGCGCGGCCAUGAUCGCUAUCGGCAGCCAGUACUCGGCCGACUCGAGCGACAAGAAAAAGGGCCGAGACCUCCACGACCGAUGCUUGAAAUUGCUUGAAUGGAGGGACCUCAAAGGCUCGACGGAGCCGGACCGGUUAUGCGAUUUCCAGGCGAUGUUUCUCAUUGAGGUGCUGUCUCAGUACCGCGCUCGUCGGGCAGCCAAGGUCUUGUCGUCGCGCUUCGACAAGGUAUACCACAAGGCGGUUGAAGAUUGCAGGAGCAUGACUUCGAAAGCAGCAGAGCUAUUGGCGAGCCUUGCUCAACUCGAGCAGGUCACACCGGAGCACUGGACCAGCUGGGUCGAGCUAGCUACUUGGCAGCACUUGUUCUUGUCUUGCUACAUCCUUGAGUCGCAGCAGCCUAUUCUACUGGCCCGCGAAGCUCUGACUUCUCUCAUUCACGAUAGCCGCUUCGACAUUCCCUUCCCAGCGCACGGUUCUCUCUGGGAUGCGACCAGUCCCAUCGAAUGGGCUGCAGCUGCUCAGCAGUAUCCUUACACGCCAUCAUACGUCGACGAGGUUACUUCCACGUCCCUACCAAGGCCUCUCGAUACCUUCCAAUCAUCUGUCAUCCUCGCCGUCCACUACAGUCGCCACAAGACCUCAACACAAUACAUGUCCUCAUCGACGACCUCAAGCCUCGAACAUCUGCUCGACGAUGCACCUGCCACCAAGCGCAUGCUAUCCGUAGCAAAGCUUGUACAAGUAACGCCCAUUCGCGCCUUGCUGGCUGUCGCAUGCGAGUCAUGGAUCUUCUCCGAGAAAGUCGCUACCGCCCAAGCUUUCGCAGCCUUGAAGACCACACUCCGCACCUGGAUCGCACAGCUCUGGUCCACGUCCGAGACGGAAGGCGCGCCCGUCAAAGAAGCACUCAAACUCUCCAUCGACAUCCUCCAACAAGCCGUCUCGGAACAAAGAGAUCGCAUCCCCCUAGAAAUGGGCACAGACAUGUCCGUCUUCUUCGCCGCCCUCGUCCUCUGGGCCAUCACCGUCGCAGCAACUACCCGCACCAAAGCCGCCCACCAGAAAGCUAGACAGCAAAACCGGCGACCAAGCAACUCCGAGUCUCCACCGAUAUUCUCCCCUACGACAUGGGCCUCCGCACCACCAACCUCCUCCUCCACUUCCACGACGACCAGCCAACCCCACUCCCCCAUCAUCUCCGCCACACCCGAAAACCCUCUCUUGUCGCACGCGCAAAUCAUCAUCAACACGAUUUCUUUCCUCACUGACACCCUCGCCAUGUCCGAUACCACGGCUUCCACACACCAACAUCUUGCCGACCAUGCGCGCCGCCAGACAGGUUGUAUCAGCCUGCUGCUGUGGGUUAAGCUUCGUCUUCGUGGUGUUUCGCUUGAAGAUCAGAGCGGUGCUGCGGCUGAUGCGUCGGGUGAGGGGCUGGGUGAGCUGUUGGAGGGGGUUGUGGGGUCUAUUGAGACGAUUUUGAAGAAGGGGUGGGGGGAUUGGGGGAUUUGA